AUGGCAACACAUAUAUCCUCACACUCGAAUGGCACUUCGAAUGGCACCUCCCAUUCGGGGCGGUCUCUAGUUGAUUUGCCGAAAUCAUGGACCUUCACAUCGUCGUUGCCCCCCGAUCCUCUAUUUCCAACGCCAGCUGCAUCGCAUAAAACUCCAAGAGAGAAGAUUGGGCCACGACAGGUGAAGGGCGCAUUGUUUACGUGGGUUCGGCCAGAAGAAGCGAAAGACCCAGAGCUUCUCGCGGUGAGCCCAGCUGCGCUAAAAGAUUUGGGCAUAAAGCUGGGCGACGAGAAAACCGAAGACUUCAGGCAGGUUGUUGCCGGUAACAAGAUAUUAGGCUGGGACGCUGAAAAAGAAGAGGGUGGUUAUCCUUGGGCGCAAUGUUAUGGUGGGUGGCAAUUUGGAUCUUGGGCGGGUCAACUGGGUGAUGGCCGAGCGAUUUCACUUUUCGAAACGACGAAUCCGGAAACGAACAAGCGAUAUGAGGUGCAGUUGAAGGGAUCUGGACUUACACCUUACUCGAGAUUUGCGGAUGGAAAGGCAGUUUUACGGUCAAGCAUACGAGAAUUCGUAGUAUCAGAAGCUCUCAAUGCCUUAAAAAUACCUAGUACACGAGCCCUCUCCUUGACUCUUUUGCCUCACCAAAAAGUACGACGGGAGACGGUCGAACCGGGCGCAAUAGUUGCUCGUUUCGCGGAGAGUUGGCUACGAAUUGGCACAUUCGAUAUUUUGCGAGCUCGCGGCGAGAGGGCGAUGAUUCGACAACUUUCUACGUACAUAGCAGAGAACGUAUUUCCCGGAUGGGAGUCGCUUCCAGCACGUAACCCUGCUGAUGACGGCAAGAAUGAGUCUCCUCUGGGUACGGGAGUCGCGAAAGAUACCAUUGAAGGACCACCCGGGCUGGAAGAGAAUCGUUUCACGCGUCUAUAUCGUGAGAUAGUUCGCCGCAAUGCGAAGACUGUGGCUGCGUGGCAGGCUUAUGCUUUCACCAAUGGUGUCUUAAAUACCGAUAACACUUCCAUUUUUGGUCUUUCCAUGGACUUUGGCCCUUUCGCUUUCUUAGAUAACUUCGACCCUCACUACACACCUAACCACGAUGACCAUAUGCUUCGCUACUCUUACCGAAACCAACCUUCUAUUAUCUGGUGGAAUCUUGUUCGUCUGGGCGAGUCGAUGGGCGAGCUGAUGGGAAUCGGUCCCGACGUGGAUGCCGAAGAAUUUGUUGAGAAAGGGGUGCGAAAAGAAGUUGCUGAUGACUUGGUAUCCCGCGCAGAGGGUCUCAUACAACGCGUAGGAGAAGAGUACAAAGCCACAUUUUUGGCUGAAUACAAACGAUUAAUGACCGCCCGACUCGGGCUCAAAGUUUUCAAGGAGGAAGAUUUUGAGAGCUUAUUCAGCGAGCUUCUGGAUAUGAUGGAAGCAUUGGAGUUAGAUUUCAACCAUUUCUUCCGACGACUGAGCUACUUCUCCAUCGCAGAUCUUGAAGUAAACGACGCGCGCAAAGAAAAGGCCAGAGUUUUCUUUCACGACGAAGGAGUCACUGGCGGACACAACGACGAUGCCGCACGUACCCGCAUCUCUAACUGGUUAGGAAAAUGGCAGACGCGAGUUCACGAGGACUGGGGAACCAAUUCAAAUGACGCUGCAAGACAGCAAGCUAUGAGGAGUGUCAACCCAAACUUUAUUCCUCGGGGCUGGGUUCUUGACGAGGUAAUUACGAGGGUUGAGAAGGGUGGGGAGCGUGAGAUUUUGGACAGAGUAUUGAACAUGGCAUUGCAUCCAUUUGAAGAGAGUUGGGGUUGGGAUGAAAAGGAAGAGGCGAGGUUUUGUGGAGAUGUUCCGAGACAGGAUAGGGCUAUGCAAUGUUCUUGCAGCUCUUAG